CAAGAUGGUGAAUCGUUCAGCAUUUCUACGUUAAUAAUGCCAGUGAUAAUGAUAGAUUUGUCACAAAUAUUUACAAAAGCUUGACAAAACACAACAGAAGCUUAAAUAUUAGAGCUAAAAACUGCCAAAUUGUACAAUUUCCUUCCCCAAUUCGCGUUAAAUCAAUCAAUACGACUUUUAUUCUGAAAAGUCGGACCGGAUGUUGACAUGCAACUACUGCUAGCUUACUUUGGUAACUCCAGGAGACUCAGUUUUGUUGCAAAUUGAACAAUAAAAGUUUACAAUAUGGGGAGAUAUAAAUGUGCAUACAACUGCGAAAGCUCCAGCGAUUCAGAUUUAAAGUUCUUUAAGUUUCCUCUGUAUAACCCCCGAAAACUGAAGAAAUGGCUCAACAACAUGAAGUGGGACGACUGGACUCCGACCCGCUUCUCUGUGCUGUGCAGCAAUCACUUUGAAGAGCAGUACAUCGACAGGACAGGGAAAAGUGUGACACUCAAAGACAAUGCAAUCCCCACCAUAUUUAAUUCUUCUGAUGCCACACAGAAAACUAAGACUUCUGCUAACACAAGAAGUAAACAAAACAAGCCACCUGCCGUCAAAGCCACACAGAUGAUCUCAACACAGUCACAAACAACCGAUACAUCCACAGCAAAUCCCAGCAUCCAGAACGAAGAGUCCAGCCUGACAGAGGAGCCUUCAGGGGUCACAGAGCAGAGUGAGACUGAAAGAUGGAGGAUUAUAGUUGAUGAAGGACUGUCGACGAUCGAGUCAUUUCCACAUUUCUUCCACGGGGAUUAUUGUGUUCCACAGCGGGACAUUCAGUGGGCUCCAGAUUACAAUGCAGAAUGCAGAGAUCCUGAAAAGCUGAUAGAGGUGACAGAGCCGUGGCAGUGGCUCGGUCUGGAUGUCAGAGGACCCUUACCUGAGACACUGAACGGACACAGAUACAUGUUGACUUUGACAGACUACUACUCUAAGUGGGUCGAAGCUCUGCCCAUGGACGCUCUCCUCCCUGAACAUGUGGCCAAGCACAUCACGGAAAUCAUAGACCACUUUGGAUUCCCGCUCAGGGUCCUCUCCAGACUGCCGCAGGACAUGGUUCAGAAAAUUAACUCCGAACUGAAAGAACAGCUGAAGGUCACUGCUUCUCUUGUCAUCCAUCAUCAGCAGACGGGCUCAGCUGAUCUGAUCACAGAGCAGCUGAUCGACAGAAUGGUCAAUGAGCUCGUAGAGGAGCACACACCUGACUGGGACGUCUACCUGCCUGCAAAAGUCUUCAGCCUGUGCUUCACAGAGCACUCGCAGACGAAGGAGAGACCGUUCUCCGUGCUCUGCUGUAAGGAACUGGAGCCGAUCAAAUCUCCCAGAGGACUGGAUUGUGCAGAUUCCAAGAUCCAAGAGAGCGCUUUCGUGGUGAGAUGGAGCGGGGUCAUUUAAUCAGGAGUUCCUCUGACUUUGUCGUGGAUUGUCAAGGACAAGAGCUAAAAUUUGACUCUACAUCACAGUGAGAGCCAGGAUUACCAACAUGAGGACACUGUUGUCAGGACACAUGGCGGAUAAAAGUCCUCAGCCUUUACUUCUCCCAGUGACUCAACUCAUUUUCAGCCUGUUGAAUUAAAAGUCAUUUUAACCCAAGUUUCAACUCUUUACAAAUGCAUUUUCAGUAUUGUGGUUUUUUUUUUAAAGAUAACAUUGUCCCACAAUAAACUGUCUCUGUUUACAUUUCCAGACUAAGCCCCCUGACAAUCCAACUACUGCACUUGGGAAUUAGGAAAUGUGAGGCUGCUGCAUCUGAAUGUUUUAGCUGUUUCAAGCCUUUAAAAUGUAAAACACAUCAUUAAACAAGAAUGUAAUAAAACUGAUUUGAUGCAAUAACAGAA